AACAGUUUUCGAGCCAGGGUGACCGACACGCACCAUCAUUAGUCUGAUAUCACUCCUCCACCUGCUGUCUUGGUUUCUCAUGACCAGUCUAUGAUCUAAGCAAGCUAUCCUAUGUUUUUGGGGAGGUGUGCGAGGUUGGACUGGAUUCAGACAGCCUAUCUGCUGGACGGAGGCUGGAGAGGGACUGACCGCUCCGCUCAUGUGACAGUCUGAUACCUUGCGGGAAGCAUGUGCGCGUUGCGCGUUUCGCUUAAACCGGUGACGCGGAGGCUUUGAUGAGCCGGUUCGGCUGGAAGGAGGAGGUUUCGGACUAGUCUCCAGAGAACCAUGAGCACUGUGGAGGAGGAGCCGGACCACAUGAUACCAUGAAGAGAAGCCUGCAGGUCCUGCCCCACCAGCUGCUGAGUGUUCUACUGAUUCUGUUUGCGCCAGUUGGGCUGGUGUUCUCUGCAGAAGAGCUUUACCCCAGCCAAACCCUUCGAGACCUUAUCUCCAUGUCAACGAGGACAAGAACCCUCUCCACGCUCUCACCGGGGUCCUUGAGCUGGCAGGAGGGUUCCAGCACUGGGGAUCUGCACAACCAGGCACUGGCCUCUCUAGAAGCCAUCCGUAGACCCACUACUGUCGACCCAUUCCAGACACCGAAGACCAUUGUACCUUCUGCCAUAGUUCAGACAUCAAUAGUAGGGGUCCAUCCAGUUGAUCCCAGGGAUCAGGAGCCACCUCGUAACCCUCUUUCAAAAGCAGAAGCCCCCCAAAUGACCUCUGGAAGUAUGUUCAAUAGAACGACCUCUGGGUUUUUCGCCCCCAGAACACAAGAGCAGAACUUUAGCACUAAUACAGAUACGCCGAGUACAAUCAGUAGAAAGCCAGUGAACCGGUUUGAGCCCUCAGGUUUGGUCUAUAGGAAUCAGAUCAGUGCUACUGCAUUGAACAGUGGAAACCAAACCACAAAUUCUGGCUUGGGUCAUUCUUUAUUCUCAGGGACUGAAAAUGAUGUGACCCCUAGUGCAAAGGGCCUUUUAGAAAAUCCAGAUACUGGAGAGAUGGGAGUAGAGGACCCCAUUGAUCCUAUACAACAUCAGUCAUCACCAUUAAUUUCACCCUUAAAAACCCACAAAGGGCAGAAUGAGGACAAGUCGGCUCCACAUCACACCAUUACAUUGCGUGACGUGUCGUCAACAGAGAAUCCCACUCUCCCUUUGGAAACGUUGGGAGAGACUUUAGCACAAACUGACAUCCAGUCUCCUUCUCCAGCUCUAGCCCCACCUUCUACCACAUCCAAUAAUUCUUCAGGAGAGAGUGGAAGCUCUGCGGAAGUCCAAGGUGGUAGUAAUGGAACCACCAACAUGACCAUUGAUUCCCUUGUCUCCCUGACUAAUGUCACAGACGUCAUCAACAGCACUGGAGCCUCAUGGCCUGCAGCGAAUGAUCCGGACACAUCAGAAGCACCCUCCACCGCUAGCGGGAGCUUCAUGAACAGGCAGGUCCCAGCCACCACACAAGGCCCAUGGGGGUCUGGAAACCAGUCGGGCCCUGCGUUAGGUCCUAAUCACAAAAAGUUCACCAUCUGCCUGAACAAAAUGGACAUUGUGUGGUUGGUUCUUGCCAUUAGCGUGCCUGUCUCCUCAUGCUCCGUGCUACUUACCAUAUGCUGUAUGAGGAAAAAGAAGAAGUCAUCUUCUCAGGAGAACAACUUGAGCUACUGGAAUGACGCCAUCACCAUGGAUUACUUCACCCGCCAUGCUGUGGAGCUCCCACGCGAGAUACAAUCACUAGAGACUGAGGAUCAGGAGACGUGUCUGCCCCCUAAUGGUGACUACAGCGACAGCGGCGUGGUUCUGGUUAACCCCUUUUGCCAAGAGACUCUCUUUAUCAACAGAGACAAGGCCUCUGACAUCUAAACAUAUUAUAUUAAAAGGAGACAAAAUCCCUGAGGAUUUUCCAGUCUCUUUUCUUUGCUUGCAUUUUUUAAGAAUAUAUAUAAAUAAAUAUAAAUAUAUAUAUAUAUAUACACAUAUAUGUGGUGGACCUUCAAAGACUGCGGUUUAUAUAUGAAACUGGUUUCAAGGAGCUGAAAGAAUAUUACAAAAAUGAACAAAUGUUAUUUACUAUGAGGGGGAGCCCUUGCAUAUUUUUCUGAUGUGGAUUUUCUACCAAUGCUUCAUUGUGAUAAGGGUUUUUAUGUCUUUUUUCAAUAAUAACAGUAAGUGUUGUUGCUCAUAUGUUCCAGUGGCUUUGGUUGUGCAGAGUGCUGAGAAACAUGGCGCGUGGUGUAAGGAUGCUUGUGUGACGUUACCCAAAAUACUUAAUAUGAUUACUUAAAAAAAAAGCCUGCCGCACUUGAAUUACGUAUGUAAGGGGAUGCAAGGGCAUUGAUUCUGGAACGGUUCUGGGAUGGGUCCAAUGGGUACUACAGCAACCCUCACUUCCAAAAUGGAGAAACUUGAGUUGAUUGCCUGUUUGCAUUUGAUUGAUGACGAAUCAUGACUUUCUGAGAUGUUUGUCCCCAGAUGAGUCACCAGCCAAUUGUCCCAUUCCUUAGAUGUCGGAGAUGUUUUCAUGAGUGUAUAUGUCUUGUUGCAUGCAUCUGAGGUGUAUGUGUCUUUAGACUAUAUGAAACAAGAUUUUGUUUCUAUCAAGGUUUCGUUACACCCUAACACCCUAAAAUUCACGUCGACAGUUGCACAAGCAAGUAGAAAAAAAUAUUUAAUGCAAAAAAAAUGUCUCAUACAAAGGCCGUUGUAUGGUAAUAUUACUGUGCUCCACAUUUCACAUCAUAUCUGUUCAUAUUGUAUGUGUUUGUGUUCAACUUAGCAGGGCUAAGCAUUAUACUGUAUAACUUGGUGGAAAUGCAUUUUUUGGCACUACUAUUGCUUUACAGGUUGGCACUAUAUAUAUAUAUAUAUAUAUAUAGUUAGAAGACACUUUUUUUUAGUGAAGGGUGAAUGAGUGUGUUUGUUCUGUUUAUGUCUGUCCCUUGUGUGAACAUUGACAAGAAUAAAUGAGACCAAAAUUAAUUCCUUAUAUUUCUCUUUGAUUCUCAGUGCUUACUGCUCUAUUGUACAGGUUUUUUUUUUUUUUUAGAUGAAUGUCAAUGAUGUCACUGGAUGUGUAGUUGUUAGAUAUAAAGACAUACAGAGAAACUAUUUUAUUUUGUACUUUCUUUGAACAUGUGGCACUAAUGUUGGUAACAUGUUUUAAGACCAUAUUAUCAUCUUUUCUCAAUACAUAUCUAUUUUUAUUUUUUUUUGCUGUAUGCUUAGCAGAUAUAUAUAUAUAUAUAUAUAUAUAUAUAUAUAUAGUUUAAAUGUAUUUGUUUUUUCAUUGUUUCCGUCCUUGCUGGCAUGAGUUUUAAAUAUGUAAGCAGAAGGAGCGAUAAUUGCUCUGCUGACAAGAAAAAAACUGCUUUCACAUAUGAAUCAUGUCUAAUUUUUUGUAGCACAUAAACUGUACUUUUUACUGCUGAGCGAUACAAAUAAAAAGGCUUUUGAAGCUUA